CGAAGGUGGUAGUUUCCUUUCGUGUGACCUCGGUCGGUUGACUUUCUCGCUGUGCUGGUACUCAGUCCGAUUGCCAUUGCGACACCGACGAUGUGAAGGCUCGCUCUACGAGAAGUACCUGUCCCAUUCCAGUCAUGGCUGCCCAUCUCAUGGCGCGGACUUUCAGGCAACGCCUACUUGGUCGCCAUCGGCAAUUUAGCAGAAACGUAUUUACCAAGGAUCAGAUCAAGACUGCCGAAUUGCAAAAGACACCUCAUACGCCGAACCAGAUUGUGACAGAGGUGCCGCAUUCCACAGAACCUUCGGUCAUAGACGUUCCUGGUCCGCUAUGGUACCAUCGUCUCGGUCCAGUCAAAGACUUCUUCUCAUGGUUCAGCCGGAUGCAGCGAAGGAGGCCCCUUGGGACCACGCUGGCAACGUCAUUGACCACAUAUCUUAUUGGCGAUCUUCUGGCACAGGAGAUUGGAGGAGAGCCAUAUGACGGUGUUCGAACCUUGAGGAUGCUCACCAUCGGUGGACUUGCAUCUAUUCCUGGGUAUAAAUGGUUCCUGUUUCUGGGUACCCACUUCAAUUACGCAUCAAGAUGGGCUUCGAUUUCGGUAAAAGUGCUCAUUCAGCAGUUCCUGUUCGCACCGAUCUUCAACACAUAUUUCUUCGGUAUGCAGGCUGCGCUGUCGGGCCACCAGCCUUCCGUCGUAAUCCAUCGCGUUGUAUCAGCAGUCCCAGAAAGCGUUGUCAGUUCGGCCAAGUUCUGGCCGAUAGUGACGGCUUUGAAUUUCACGCUCAUCCCAGCUCAUCUGCGGUUCGCCUUUUCUGGGGUGUUUGCUGUUGUAUGGCAGACGUACCUCUCAUUCCUGAACCGGCGGGAAGAGAAAACCGAGCCCACCGGCAGUCUUGCAGAUCAAGCUCGACAGAGAAUGUUAGAAGAUGCCCCAUCGGCCUCUGUCGUCGACGUGCUUGAUGGUGUUGAUUCUGGAAAGUCAGUCUAAUAGCUCAGCCAUUUAAGAAAAGUCCUGCUCUCACUCGGCCCAGCUAUCAUCAGGCCAAGUCCAUGCCGUUCAUUACG